AUGGCAGCCAACGCCAAAGAAGAAAGAAAAGUACGAAUCUACAAGAUCCUCACCGCCAUCUCCAUCCUCGCCCUCAUCGCCUUCACCAUCGUCACGUCAGUCUACUACUCAAGCAAAGAGCGCACCAUGGAAGUUCCAAAGAACGAAACAAAAUCAAUCCCCCACACCUCCGCCCCGGGCGCUGAGAUCCUCCGAGUCGCGAGAUCCACCGAGACCGAAUCCAUGGAAGAGAACAUCCCCACGCUUGAACCUUUCGCGCCGCCUUACCCUGACUCUUGCAAGGUGAAUAAUGACUGUGAUUGGGGAUAUCGUUGCAUCGCGAAGGCUUGUUAUCCUGGCUGCGACUCACAGGCUGAUUGUCGCAAGCCGCAUCUGUGUCAGCAUUGGAUUCAUGAUGGGCCCAGCUUCAAGUAUUGUCUUGUGAAGCCGCAUCAGACAUGUCGGGAGCACCUUGCUUUCUGUUCGAAGAAUAAUGAGUGUUGCUCUGGGAAGUGUAAGGCGAAGGGCAAGUGGAAGAUGUGCCAGCCUAGUGGUGGUCGGGGUCGUGGGCGACCGAGUGAUAUUGGUGGAAAUGAUGAAGGACUUGAUGCCAAGCAGGAGGUGCAUUCUGUCUGA